AAUUACCUUGAAGUGUCAAACCAAUCGGAACGGUUGUAGAAAUGUAGGCCUAUUAUGUUUGACGGUAUCUGAAUUUAAUUCAAUUCGAAUCUUGAAUGUGACCAUACAUUACCCGCAGGAUACAUAUUCAGGUUAACCUUGAGACUGAAAUUUUCUUGUCUCUUUAGUUACCUCCAGAAUUAAGUAUUAAUUUUUUGUAAUUCAUUUAUUAGUGUUGAAUAAUGGCUGCUAUCGCUAAGAAACUGGCUGAUCAGCUUAAAAGCAAAGAAUUUAGAGAAUAUCUUAUGAGCACACAUUUUUGGGGUCCUGUUGCAAAUUGGGGAAUACCUAUAGCAGCCAUUGCAGAUAUCAGGAAAGACCCAGAGUUAAUAAGUGGAAAAAUGACUGUUGCGCUGUGUCUGUACUCUCUUAUAUUCAUGAGGUUCGCUUGGAAAGUACAGCCUCAAAACUUGCUACUCUUCGCCUGCCAUUUCACUAACGAGGGAGCCCAGCUCACACAAGGUGCACGUUUCAUCAACCAUCACUAUAUGGGUGGGAAGGAGAAUGGACCAGAAGAAAAAGGCAAGCAAGCCAGUUAGUAUAACAGAAAGUGCUCUGAACAGUUUAGUUAACCCCUAAAACAGAGAAUAGCGCAGUAUAUGUUCAUUUGUUUAAUAUUUCAGUUGUUCAAUUGUAUUACGGAUUAAAGUGAAUGAAUUUUGGUUAUGGAAUCUGUGCUAAAACAUGUUGUAAAUGCUGCUGCAUUGGAAUUUUAAACUUGCACAAUCUUUUAUUCUAACUUUUUCACUACAAGCAGGUAAGAUAAGGAUAUUUUAGUCCAAAUAAUUGUAUAAAAUAAUCUAUUUCAUGUUUACCUUAGAAGUAGAUAUUGAUAAGCACAAUACUGUUAUGAUCAAAACGAUUUUUAUAGAAUUUUUUAAUAAUUUUUUGAACGAAUUUAUACAAUUUUUGUGUUACUUUUUCAAUUAAAUUACUCAAAAACAAACGCACACUUUUAUUAUUGUUUACAAUGUAAUUAUCGUAUUGUUUAUAAAAUACAUGCUUCCAUUUUUGUCUGUUGCCUAUUUUUUGGAAUGAUCAGUUGCACAAGUUUCAUGUCAUGCACUGAAAAUAAAUGUUGUGUAUAAUGGAAUAAACUUGAUUUUAUUGUGAGUUAACAGUGUUAUUGCAAAAUAGGUUGUGAUUAUGUUUACAUUGUGCUGUUAAGAAACACUCAGAGUUUAUCUUUUUAAUAUCAAUCCGUUAAUUAAUUUUUACUCAAAAUGGUGACCAUACAAUGUGUUCAAUAUUUUUGUUUUCUUUUUUGUUGAAUUACACUAUUAAACUCUUAUUGUACUAGUCAAUUGCAUAGUUUUAAUUCUGUGGUGUCGGAUGAAUAUCUGUUUCGUGUUAUUUAGUUAUAUCAGAUUUCUUGUUUGGUGAAUGGCUUUAUCGCUUAUUGCAAUACUGUUUAGAUGGAUUCAGUAAUUAUGGAAAAAUAUGACAGUUUGUUAAAAGUAUGCAAAGAAGGUUUACUUUUUUAAACUCAUUAUAAGUAACAAACUAUCAACUCAGUAGGUUUAUUUUUUUUAGUUAACGUAUACAGUACCUAAAUUGAAAUGGUAUGACCUUUUAGAAAUACAAAAAGUGUUUGUUCAGGGUUUUUUCUAUUGUGAUAUAAUCAAUACUUUAUCAAUGACACCAUUUGCAAAUCAUCUCAGGAACUUGUUAAAUUCGUUUGUUAAAUGAUAAAAAUUAUAUAAAGUGUUAAGAAGUAUUAAAUUAAGUGCUCUCAUCUUGUAAUGAUUCUGAUUUAUUAGUUUUAAUAGUGAUUGUGCCUGGUACAUUUAAAUCACGCUUCUAGUAGUAACUGUAGAUAACUGUUCUUGUAAAAAAACUGUAACCUUUGUGCAAUUAAGUGUUUUAAUUGAGCAACAAUACAGAGUUCUGAAGUUUGCAGCUUUAUUGAGUGUGUAAAUUACAAAAUGUUAUCAGUUUUACAAUUAGUUAAAGUCAAAUGCUGUGUCAGUGAUAUUUUUAAUGAUUUGUGGUAUUUUACAUUUUAUUACACUGAACAGUUUUAACAAAGAAUUUUUACCUUUUAUUUAUUUAAGAAUGUGAAGGCUUUUAAGAUAAAUGGUUAAUUAAUUAUGUAUAAUUUUGUUCAGUACUUUAAACCACGACUAAGUUUAUGUUUGCUUAAAUUAAAAUAUUAAGCUGAAUAUUUCUUUUUAAUGUUUUAAAGAUAUCGAAUUGAUUACUUUCAUAUAAUGUCUUAUCUUACAGGUCUCAACAUUAUAUCCUAUUAAAGCAAUAAGUUAGAUGUAACGUGUCCAAUAUACUUGUUAUAGGUUACAGCCUAUAAUUUAUUUGUCACUCACCGUCUUCCCUGUAUUUACAGUUCAAGUUAUGUAAGGUUGUUUAUCAUUUUUUAUUGAAGGAAUGGUUUAAUAUGUAUUAACUUCAUACUCAUGAUUUAUACGUAUAGGAUAUAUUAAAAAUAAUUUUGUUUAGCAUAAAUUAUUAUUGCACUACAGAGACGAUCAUGAAUCAACUCCUGAGAUUCUCCGAUGUAAUCUUUUAAUUUAUUAUUUAGGAAGAGAAUUUAAUGUUUUAACAAUUAUUUAUUUUAUAGCAAAGGUCUCAUUCAGUUUCGAAUGCAGACUGUAGAGCAGGGUGUUUAAAGAGUUUGUACUCUAUAAAAUAAAUUGUUAUUGUUACAAGAAUUUAAAAGUGUAUACUAUUACCAAUGUUACUCAUAUUUUGUUUCCUCUAUAUUGUAAAACAAUUUCUUGUUUUAGUCUUUUUAGAGAAAAAUAAAAAAGUUAUUGUUAGAA